AUGGCAGUCCUACUCGCUGCAUGUGGAAAGUUGACGGUGGCGUUUCUUGCAACUUUCGGCGCGCACCUGCUUGGAAAGUGCUAUUCCACACCGCUUGACGACUACGUCAAUAAAGCUGACCCUAAUUACAAGUAUGAGGUCUUGGAUUGGAAAUACAGAGGUGACGGAUUUACCCUCUACCUCAUCAACAUGACCUCCCAGCAGUGGCUGACAGAGAAUGAAGUCAAUCAUCCUAUCUGGUGGCACUUUAUGACUGUGGCUAUCCCGGACGAGCUGACACACCCAGAGGCCGGUUUGCUGUAUAUCUCUUACGGUAGCAAUGGUGGCAACUACACCCCUGAUAUUGGAGACGAGUUCAUUUCCUUCAUAUCACUUAUGGCCGUCAGCACAGGCGCAGUUGCUGCAAAUCUUCGACAAGUGCCAAAUCAACCUGUUGUAUUUAAGAACGACCCAUCACAGAAGAGUCGCUCUGAAGAUGCUGUCAUUGCUUGGACAUGGAGAACUUUUGUUGAAGAAUUUCCAAAUAAACCUGAAUGGCUUCUCAGGCUUCCCAUGACAAAGGCUGCUGUUCGUGCAAUGGAUACAAUAACAAAUUUUACCAAGAAAUUACGACCUGAAUCAAAUGUGCAGAAGUACUUCGUAUGUGGAGAAUCGAAGCGCGGAUGGACCACGUGGACAACCGCUGCUGUCGACAAAAGGGUCGUCGGAAUAGCACCAAUGGUUAUGGACCUACUCAAUAUUGUAAAGAAUCUCCACCACCACUAUCGGUCACUUGGGGGAUGGACUUUCGCUUUCGGUGACUACUAUUCCUUGAAUUUCACUGCCCAACUAGACAACCCCUUUGUGAAGAAGAUGGCCAAUAUUGUAGAUCCAUUUGCUUACAAGGACAGACUGACUAUGCCUAAAUACAUCAUAACGACAAGUGGAGAUGAGUUUUUCAUUGACGAUGACUCUUACUACUACUUCGACCAGAUGAUUGGCGACAAAUACUUAAGGGUAAUUCCUAAUGCGGAGCACAGUUUGACAUAUCAUCGUGUUCCUCUGUUUUUUGGCGUGCGAGCGUUUUUCCUGAGUAUUAUUGAGGAUUUUCCUCGACCACAAUUCUACUGGACCAGAAACACAACUGAUACGGGUGGCUCCAUUACCUUAUAUACAAAGACAAAGCCGUCGACUGUCCACGUGUAUCACGCCACAACACUGGAUGGAAUCAGACGAGAUUUCCGACUAGCCAUUGGCGACCCCAAUAGCAAAGGCGGUUAUAUCAUUCACCCGGUGCUCUGGGCAAAGGCAGAGGCCAGUAACCCGGAACCGGGUGUGUACGUUGCUUCCUUCGAUAAUCCUCUUGAUGGCUGGACUGGGUUUUACAUACAGGUCACGUAUCCUGGUCCACGUAACAACUCCGAUUUCGAGUUCACUUCUGAAGUGCAGAUAAUUCCCAACACGCUACCCUUUCCAGAUUGCCAUGGGGAAAGUUGUCUCGGAAAGCUGGUGUAAAUCAGAUUAUACAUAACACGGAUAAAUUCAAAUUAUGCUAUACCGCCAUCACAUUAAAAAUAUCAACACAUUAAAGCAAUAUAACAGCACAGAGUUUCUAUAUGUGUCAUUUUAACAUUGUUGUCAAGGAUUCUCAGAUACAACCAAAAACCUAAACUUAAAUACAUGGAAUGUAGUAAAUGUAGAGAAAACAAUGACAUGUGUAUACAUGUGUAGAAACUCUUUGGUGUUAUUCUAAUACGAAUUUAAAACAAUGUAGCUAAUAUGGUGUGCAUUAAGCAUUAACGCAAAUGGUCCAGAAAAUAUCCUUUUUCAUCGGAUCCAUUGACAUGCUCAGCAAAAGACAAUACGUCUUCAUUUUCGCCCAUAUAUGCAAGAAUGAAAACUCCCUGUCCAGUAAUGAGAUAACUGGGCGUGCAAUCCUCAAUGUUUAUAUACCAUCGGCAAUGUAACUUGUUUGAAGAUCAACAGUUAACGUGCAACUUAAAUAUAAAACUUAUUUUUAGUAAAAAUCGAAAUCUAUACAUUAUAUGAUGGAGCUGACGGCGAUUGCUUGAUCAAACAUUACUUAGUGAAUGAAGCAAUCGUUGUUCACUUUCACUUCGGCCAGAAUUAUUAUAUCUUUUAUUGAUAUAUUGCAUAAAUUCAUGUUUAACUAAUGACACGGAUCUCGUUCUCUCAACCAGAUUACAGUAUGAUUUGAAAAAGUAGUAACUAUGUAUAUUUUCAAAGUAACAAGCACGCUAUCUUUGUUUUAUGCGUGAAUAGUUAGAAUAAAAGCCUCCCGGAGUCAAGAUGCCGGGUUUCAUCGAUUAAAUGCU